UAAUUAAUUUAUUUUUUAUUUUUUGAGACAGAGUCUCACUUUGUCACCCUGGAUAGAGUGCUGUGUAGUUAGAGCUCACAGCUAUCUCAAACUCUUGGGCUCAAGCAAUCCUCUUGCCUCAGCCUCCUGAGUAGCUGGAACUACAGUUGCCCACCACAAUGCCCAGCUAGUUUUUCUAUUUUUAGUAGAGAUGAGGCCUCAUUCUUUCUCAGGCUGGUCUCGAACUCCUGAGCUCAGGUGAUCCACCCACCUUGACCUCCCACAGUGCUAGGAUUACAGGCAUGACCUACAGUGUCCAGCCUCAGAGCCAAGUCUCAAUGCAUAUUUUUUCCUAGGGAACCAAUGAAUGAAUAAAUGAAGAGAAAAAGGAAUAAAGGAAAGGAUGAAUGAGCUGCCAAACUUGCAUUACCGGGUUCAAUUUAUUCCUCUGAGGCAGGGGCUUUUUUUUUUUUUUUGAGACAAGAGUCCCACUGUGUCACCCUUGGUAGAGUGCCAUAGUGUCACAGCUCACAGCAACCUCAAACUCUUGGGGUUAAGUGAUUCUCUUGCCUCAGCCUCCCAAGUAACUGGGACUACAGGCACCCACCACAGUGCCUGGCUAUUUUGGGGUAGCAGUUGUCGUUGUUUGGCAGGCCCAGGCUGGAUUUGAACCUGCCACCUCUGGUGUAUGUGGCUGGCACCGUAGCCACUGAGCUGCAGUGCUAAGCCAAGGCAGGGGCUAUUUUUUUUUUUUUUUUUUUUGUAGAGACAGAGUUUCACUUUAUGGCCCUCGGUAGAGUGCCGUGGCGUCACACAGCUCACAGCAACCUCCAAUUCCUGGGCUUAGGCGAUUCUCCUGCCUCAGCCUCCCAAGUAGCUGGGACUACAGGUGCCCGCCACAAUACCCGGCUAUUUUUUUGUUGUUGUUGUUGCAGUUUGGCCGGGGCUGGGUUUGAACCUGCCACCCUCGGCAUAUGGGGCCGGGGCCCUACCCGCUGAGCCACAGGCACUGCCGGCAGGGGCUAUUUUAUCCCCAUUUAAAACUGAGGGAAACUCAGGCCUAUAUAGAAGCAAAGCCUUCCUUAAGUAAAUAUUUGCUCAGGACUUGAACCCUAGAUGUCUCCCACUGAGCUUAGCACAAGGGCAGUGUUUGGUGAUGCCCACCCCCUAAGGGAGAGAAAUGAAGUAGGUCCAGAUGCCCUUGUGAGAGGGGCUAAAGCUGGGCAAGUUUUCCUAUGGGACCCUCAAAACCCCCAAAGCAAACUCCAGUCCUGUGGUGGCGUGAGCUCCCCAAAACUCAGGGUAUUCAAGCACAGUAGAGCUUUGAAUGCUGAAGCAGGCUGUGUGGCCUUGGAGGAGUGGCAUGCAUGCUCUUCUCUGAGCUUCAGUUUUCCCAUCUGUCAGUAGCUGAUAGUGACAGCCUUGCUCAAGGGAAAGUGCCACAGGAAGCACACAGGUGUGUGGUGGAGAGCAUUUGGGAGGCCUCCCACCCCUCUGCAGCCACCUUGUGGCCUGCACUGCCCAUCCCAGUCCAGAAAAGAAAGGGUGCUGCUCCUGCCCGCCCCCCCCAUCUAGGGGCGGAGCCACUGUGACCCCUAGCCCAAUAAAUCUGCAGCCCACACCCACAAGCUGCACCUUUAAGCCCCACUGCCACCUCCAGUUGUCAGUGCUUAGCUACAGCUCCCAGGGCUAGGGACAGACUACCGGGGUACCACAGGCAUUGGACCCUAAGUGAGAGGGGAGGUGAACCUACAGAUAGGCAGAGGACGCAGAGACAGAGGAGGGACCGGGAGACAGUGACAGUAAGGACUCACAGAUCCCUUGUUCAGGGAGUCCUGGCCACUCUCACUACCUCCCAUCCCAGACCAAGGGGGAGAGGCGGUAUCCUCCCUGUAGUGGCCAAGCACCCUCCCACUGCCCUCGCUGUCCCGCCUCCUCUGUCUCUGUCAGGUCCUCUCGCCUGGGCACAUGGGGCGCCAGGACGCAAGGACGCGCUGGGCCACAGCACCUGUGUUGAUGGAGGCCGUGGAGGCAGGUGCACGGGCCACAUUCGGAGCCUGGGACUACGCGGUCUUUGCGCUCAUGCUGCUAGUGUCCACUGGCAUCGGGCUGUGGGUCGGGUUGGCUCGCGGAGGGCAGCGCAGCGCCGAGGACUUCUUCACCGGGGGCCGGCGCCUGACGGCCCUGCCAGUGGGCCUCUCGCUGGCCGCCAGCUUCAUGUCGGCGGUGCAGGUGCUGGGCGUGCCGGCCGAGGCCUACCGUUAUGGCCUUAAGUUCCUCUGGAUGUGCCUGGGCCAGGCGCUCAAUUCCUUGCUAACUGCCACGAUCUUCCUGCCAGUCUUCUACCGCCUGGGCCUCACCAGCACCUACGAGUACCUCGAGCUGCGCUUCAGCCGCGCUGUGAGGCUGUGCGGGACGGUGCAGUACCUAGUGGCCACAACGCUGUACACUGGCAUCGUGAUCUAUGCCCCCGCACUUAUCCUGAACCAAGUGACGGGACUGGAUAUCUGGGCGUCGCUCCUAUCCACUGGAAUUAUUUGCACCUUCUACACGGCUGUGGGUGGCAUGAAGGCCGUGGUUUGGACUGAUGUGUUCCAGGUCAUAGUGAUGCUGUCUGGCUUCUGGGUUAUCCUGGGCCGUGGUGCCACGCUCGUGGGUGGGCCCCAGCAUGUGCUCCAGUUUGCCCAGAACCACUCCCGGAUCAACCUGAUGGACUUUGACCCUGACCCACGGAGACGCUAUACAUUCUGGACAUUUGUGGUAGGCGGAACUUUGGUGUGGCUCUCAAUGUAUGGUGUGAACCAAGCACAGGUGCAGCGCUAUGUGGCCUGCCGCACAGAGGGGCAGGCCAAGCUGGCCCUUCUCAUCAAUCAGAUGGGCCUGUUCCUGAUCGUGUCCAGCGCUGCUGUUUGCGGCAUUGUCAUGUUCGUGUUCUACAGUGACUGUGACCCUCUCCUCACAGGGCGCAUCUCCGCCCCAGAUGAGUACAUGCCCCUGCUGGUGCUGGACAUUUUUGAUGACCUGCCUGGAGUCCCUGGGCUUUUCCUGGCCUGUGCCUACAGUGGUACUCUCAGCACAGCAUCCACUAGCAUCAACGCCAUGGCUGCGGUCACUGUAGAAGACCUCAUCAAGCCACGGCUGCCAAAUCUGGCGCCUAGGAAACUUGUGAUUAUCUCCAAGGGGCUUUCAAUCAUCUAUGGAUCGGCCUGUCUCACGGUGGCGGCUUUGUCUUCUUUGCUGGGAGGUGGUGUCCUCCAGGGCUCCUUCACGGUCAUGGGAGUCAUCAGCGGCCCCCUCCUCGGCGCCUUCGUCCUGGGAAUGUUCAUGCCUGCCUGCAACACACCGGGUGUCCUCUCUGGGCUGGGCGCGGGUGUGGCGCUCUCACUGUGGGUGGCCUUGGGCGCCACGCUGUACCCGCCCAGCGCACAGACUAUGGGGGUCUUGCCGUCAUCGGCUGCCCGCUGCAUGGCCCCCUCUGCCAAUGCCUCUGGCCUCCUGGACCCGCUCCUCCUUGCUGCCAACGCCUCCGAUAGUCUAUCUCAUGACCCCUCCCUCAUCCCCAGCUCAAGAAUGGAUCUCAGCCAACCUGCCUUAGCUGAGAGCUUCUAUGCGAUAUCCUAUCUCUAUUAUGGUGCCCUAGGCACUCUGACUACCAUGCUGUGUGGUGCCCUUGUCAGCUGCCUGACAGACCCCACCAAGCGCAGUGACUUGGGCCCUGGGUUGUUGUGGUGGGACCUUGCAUGGCAGAGGGCAUCAGUGGCCCCUAAGGAGGAAGUGGCAGUCCUGGAUGACAGCUUAGUAAAGGGUCCUGAAGAACUCCCCCCUGGAACUAAGAAGCCCCCUGGAUUUCUGUCCACUGAUGAGGACCAUGUGGUCUUCCUGGGGCAAAAGGAGCUGGCGGGGGUCAGUUCUUGGACCCCCCACAGUGGAUGUGAUGGUAACGACACACAGGAGACAAACCUCUGAGGGCAGUGUCAGCCCAUGACUGACCCUCUGGGAUGGAACCUCCCAAAUGGGCUACUCCCAGGCAGGCCAUGGGCCAAUGGCUUUGGGCUCUGAUUGAAUGGACUACCUUGUAUGCAGAUGAGCUAGGGACUGCUCAUUUGCCUGCAGACCAUUUUAUCCAGCCACCUGCUUCUAGCCUUAGAUCUGCAGUCCUACCUCCCCCUCAAACAAAGUUGGAUUUUUCUCUAUCUACAAUGAAAGAUGUUAGCAUCUCCUCAGGACAACGCAGGAAACUCCAGAUCUGGCCUCAGGGACUCAGAAAGAUUCCAGCUCUUCCCUGAAACAUGUUUAACUUUAGCAAGGAUUUUGGAGGUUUUCAGGACCAAUCUCCUAUGCCCCAUUUCACAGGCAGAGAAACUGAGGCCUAGAGAGCGGCAGCAACUUAGUCAAGAUCACACAGCAAUUCCAACACUAGCUCUCUGCCCUUCACUCCUCCAUUUUUCUCCCUGUCAGACCCUGUGGGACUUUUGGCCUGCUCACCUGACAGUGGAAGCUCCUAUACUGGUUUGAACCCCAAAUUCAUGUCCACCUGGAACCACAGAAUGUGAGUUUACUUGGAAAUAGGGUCUUUGCAAAUGUAAUUAGUUAAAUUAAGAUGAGAUCAUACUGGAGUGGGAUGGGCCCUGAAUCUAAGGACUGGGUCCUUAUAAGAAGUGGAAAAGAGAAAUAGACACAUACAUGGGUAGAAGGCCAUAUAAAGACAGAGGAAGAGGCUAGAGUGAUGGGCGCCUACAAGCCACGAGAACACCAAGGAUUGCCAGUGGCCACCAGAAGCCAGGAGAUAGGCAUGGGACCAAUUCUUUCUUAGAUCCUUCAGUGGGAGCGUGGCCCUACAGACAUAUUGAUUCCAGACUUCCAGCCUCCAAAACUGACAGAGAAUAAAAAUUUCUUGUUUUAUGCCAGCCAGCCUGUGGAAAUUUGUUAUAGCAGUGACCUCAUGACCCUACCUCUUUCCGCCCCUCAGAGACCUAGCCCUCUAUGCAAGCUGUUUGGACUGGACACCUUUAGAUUUGGACUUGAAAUUGACCAUUACAACUUUCAAAUCAAUGACUGAGUAACAAGAUUUCCCAUCUGUUAGUUGUCUUCACUCAGAAUAGAGCUCAAAUCUGGGGUGAAAAGAGGAAUGGGGCAUAGGGACAGGCUAUGGUUCCCAUGAGUGGGCAGAACAAGCUGGUCUCACUGCCUUUCAGAGGUUCAUUCAGGCUGUUCCUUGUACCAAUAGUUCAUUCCUUUUUAUCCACCUGAGUAGAAUUCCAGUAGAACUGUGGGGUGGACCCACAGUUGUCCUACAUCACACUGGUUGAUGGACAUUUGGG